GUUUGAGCCAUCUUGGCAUGAUAAUUAAGAUGUUGAUUUUUUAAAGAUCUUCUCAUAAUAAGGAGAGCAGCAGCUGAAAUAGGAGAGGGCUGUCUCUCUCUACAUAUCCCGAGGGCACGGCAGCAGCGUCGAGGAGCCUUUUUGCACUUGUUCAAUCUCAUUUGAAAAUUGCUAUCAACACUGAGCAGACAAGUUCCACCCUUAUUAGCACUUCCUGGGCCUCUUCGUGGUAUCGCCAACCGGAUUGACAUCACAGCUCGACAGGCCAGAAUGGGCGUCAAACGCAACUGGGGUUGGGACUCCAUCUCGGAAUGGAACCUGGCUCCCAGAUUCUGGAACACGAUCCGCUACACUUGGUACCUGGGCUUUACCUCGUUUGGAGGGCCGCCAGUGCACUUCAAGAUUUUCCACGAUAGAUUUGUCACGAGACUGCAAUGGAUCGACGAGCAGGUGUAUCAAGAGCUCUUCAGCGUCUGCCAGGCCUUUUCCGGGCCAGGCAGCACUAAGAUGCUGUAUUGCAUCAACCUGAUCCAUGACGGCUUCUUGCCCGCCGUAUUGGGCUUUCUAAUCUGGAGCAUCCCCGCCGCCAUAGGAAUGCUUGGUCUCGCCAUCGGCGUCUCCAACAUCGGCGACACUCUUCCUCGGAUCGCGUACGCGCUGCUAUCCGGUCUUAACGCGGCCACCGUGGGCAUCAUCGCGCUCGCCGCCGUGCAGCUGGCCGAGAAAGCCAUCACCGACAAGCUCACGCGCGUGCUGGUGUUUCUAGGCGCUGCCGCCGGGCUGCUGUACAAUGCCCUCUGGUACUUCCCGGUGCUGAUGCUGGCCGCGGCCAUCAUUGCCGUCAUUCAUGACUUCCGCUGGCUCCAUCCCCCGGUCAAGUGGGUGAUGUCCAAGGUACCAGGGAGAAGAGGAAGAAAGAACCGGGAACCGGAACCCGAGGCGGCGGCAGAGCAGGGCAACGGCGUCGAGCUCUCCCAAACCGCAUCCCAGCAGCCAGAAGCCGAACCCACCUCCUCCCGGCCUCCUUCCUCCCCAGCCAAACCAACCCGCCAACGCCUCCCGUUCACGACCCAGGACACCAACACCGACGCCGACGACCACCCCGCCGACGACGACCACCCGGCUGACCAAGACCAAGACCGACCCCCAUCCCCACGAACAGUCCCCGCCUCGCACCAACUCAACAAACACCUAACCUGGAAGACAGGCCUUCUCAUAAUCCUCGUCUUCCUCGCCUCCUUCACCGCCGUCAUGAUCCUCCGCGGCGUCCUCCAGCCGGCCCCCCUGCUCUACCGCCUCUUCGCAAACAUGUACCUGGCCGGCACCAUCAUCUUUGGCGGCGGCCCCGUCGUGAUCCCCCUCCUGCGCGAGUAUAUCGUCGCCGAGGGCUGGGUCUCGGCCCGCGAUUUCCUCAUUGGUUUGGCCAUCAUCCAGGGGUUUCCGGGGCCCAACUUCAACUUUGCCGUGUACUUGGGCGCGCUGACGGCGUCGGGGGCCGGUUACUCGCCCGUGCUCGGUGCGGUGCUGGGGUACCUGGGGAUUUUCCUGCCUGGGUUGGUGACGGUGCAUGGCACGGUGGGCGUUUGGGGCGCUAUCAGGGGGUGGCGGUGGGUGAGGAGUGCGCUGAGGGGCGUGAACGCCGCGGCUGUGGGGCUGAUUUACACGGCCGUGUAUCGGCUGUGGCAGAUUGGGUGGAUUGAUGAGGGCCGCGAGAGGGGGUCCAGCUUGGCCGAUGAUCCGUGGUGGGUUGUUGUUACGGCGACGAGUUAUGUCGGUGGGUGCUGGUUUGGCGUCAGCCCGCCCGUGGCGUGUGUGUCUGGGGCGAUCUUGGGCCUGGUCAGGUAUGGGGUUGUUGGGUGACGAGCUUGGAUGUGUAUGUAGUGGACAGUGUUGUUUCUUCUCGGACGUGGUAUUGACGAGGCUUACUGCAUCGUGUGUUUUGGCUGGUUUGUGAUAUCCCUGAUUCACAAUCGCCAUCAGAACUCCCGUGAACAUACAAAUACAUAAUAUACAGUAGGU